AUGUCCAAGCAAUGGAUUUAUCCACGGUACCAACGGUUGCACUUGAAUGGAAAAACCGAGGCCCCCGCUGACAUGUCGCCGUCAGCACAAUUUCCAAAGUGGUUUACGCUUCGACGCGUUCGCACCGCUUUGAUGGCAACUACAUUGUUGCUUAUGGCUUGGUCUCUGUUAUGCUCCAUUACUCUGGCUCCUACUAAAGCCGACCUACUGCAAUACACUACCAAUACGUCUCCACCCCCAAAAAGCGAUGCCAGUGUACAAUGGAGCGACUUUGCAUAUCUGCAAUAUGUCACAAAUGCAAAUUACCUUUGCAACUCCCUCAUGAUACUCGACGCGCUUCACCGCUCCGAGACAAAGGCCGACCGCGUCAUGAUGUAUCCAGAAGACUGGCAUGUAUCUGAAGACAACACAACCGAUGAUUCAACCGAGAGCAAGCUUCUUGCAAAAGCCAGGGACAGUUACCAAGUCAAACUUGUACCAAUACAGGUGCAAUCAUUUGAGAAAGGCGAUACAACGUGGAGGGAAAGCUUCACAAAACUGCUAGCCUUCAACCAAACUCAGUAUAAACGCGUCAUAUCUCUCGAUUCAGACGCCAUUGUUCGAGAGCACAUGGACGAGCUUUUCCUGCUACCAUCAUCAGCGGUUGCAAUGCCUCGAGCAUACUGGCUCGACCAGCCAUUUCUAUCCAGCCAAUCGGUCGUAAUCGAGCCUUCUGCGAGAGAAUGGCACCGUGUACAACAAUUCAUGAACCGCAACGACUCGGGUUUUGACAUGGACAUACUCAACACACUAUACAAAGACACAUGCAUAAUAAUACCGCACCGCCGAUACGACCUCAUUACCGCUGAAUUCCGAUCACAUACCCACGAGAAAUACCUCGGCGCGGACGAGACAUGGGACGGCGCAAAAGCAUUGGAGGAAGCCAAGUUUGUUCGUUUUUCAGAUUGGCCAAUGCCCAAACCAUGGCGCCAGGCUUUGAAAUCGGAAAUCGAGGAGCACCAACCCAAGUGCAGGAAUUGA